GAUCGCUCGAGAAAUUUAAGCCACGGUAACCUUUCCCCAAGUCGUCCUUUCCUCACCUGCGAGGCAACUCACUCUCGCACGAAAGAAACAAAGAAAACCAAGAAAAGGAAACCCAGCGCACAGUCACUCCCUCGCAGCCUUCAGCUGCAUCCGCGUCCCGGCCGUGCCAGCCCCAGCCAUGGCGGUGAGCAACAACAUCACGGCGUGCCUCAACUUCCUGGUGCUCCUCUGCACCAUCCCCAUCGCCGCCACGGGCGUCUGGCUGGCCUCCAGGCAGGGCGAGGACUGCGCGCGCCUGGCGCGGUGGCCCGUCGCCAUCCUGGGCGCGCUCCUCCUCCUCGUCGCGCUGGCGGGCUUCGCGGGCGCCUACUGGAACCGGAAGGGCCUCCUCGCCUGUUACCUCUUCGCCAUGGCCGCCCUCAUCACGCUCCUCCUGGCGCUCAUCGUCUUCGCCUUCGCCGUCGCGCACGGCUCGGGGGGAUACCCGGUUUUAGGCCGGGCGUACGAGGACUACCGGCUGGAGGGGUACUCCGGGUGGCUGCGCGGGUACGUCACCGACGACCCCCGGCGGUGGGAGGGGAUCAGGUCUUGCAUUGCUGCGUCGGACACGUGCAGGAAGCUCGCCAUGGACAGCACAUUCAUCGCGCCCGAGCAGUUCUACCAGUCACACCUCUCGCCGAUCCAGUCCGGGUGCUGCAAGCCGCCGACGGUGUGCGGGUACGCCUACGUGAGCCCGACGGUGUGGACGAGCCCGGCGAACCCGGCGGCGGACCCGGACUGCGCGGCGUGGAGCAACGAACCGGCCCAGCUCUGCUACGGCUGCGGCUCCUGCAGGGCCGGCGUGCUGGGCGGCCUGCGCGAGCAGUGGCGCAAGGCCAACGUCGCCCUGCUCGUCGCCACCGUCGCGCUCAUCUUCGUCUACGUCAUCGGCUGCAGCGCCUUCCGGAACGCGCAGACUGAGGACCUCUUCCGCCGCUACAAGUGGGGCAACAUCUGAUCUUCUUGUGUGUCCUCGUCGUCAGUGUAUCUGUGUAAGUUGUGCCAUGUCCUACUUGCUAGUUGCUGCUCAGGUGAGCUGUGUUUGCCAGAAGCUCUUGCGGUCCGUGCUGCCGGUGUUUUCUGCAUGAAUUUCAACGAAAUACGAUACUGGUUUUGAGGA